AUGGAAGGCCUUGCUGGAUAUUAUGGUGUUACAAGAGGUCCCAAUCCACUUAGUACGGACUCGAAAAUCAUUGUUUCUUCAGCCGAUUCCAGUUUUGCUAAUUCACAAACUACUGUCUACCCGCCUAGUUCUAUAGUUACAUACCCAACUCAUAUUAAUCCAGGCGGUCUUCCUCCACGUUCUGGUCCAACACUUCCGGGCAACAUCAGUGGUUAUUAG